GUUUUCUGUUCCGACACCGCUACUUCCCACAAUCCUCUGCAAAGUGACGCGACUUCCGGAACCGGAAAUCACGUGUCUGUUACCCAUCGGCCCGCUGGUGUUGAGUGGAUGGUUGUUGGUGCGGCUACAAGAGCGUUUGGUGAAUCUAAUACUAGUGUGCAGAUCCAGUCGUCACUAUGGGUGAAAGAAAAGGAACAAACAAAUACUACCCUCCGGAUUUUGAUCCAGCCAAGCACGGAUCCCUCAAUGGCUACCACAAAACUCACGCUCUGCGGGAGAGGGCCAGGAAACUGUCCCAGGGCAUCCUCAUUAUCAGGUUUGAGAUGCCCUACAACAUCUGGUGUGAUGGCUGCAAAAAUCACAUUGGCAUGGGGGUCCGGUACAAUGCAGAGAAGAAGAAAGUGGGGAACUACUACACCACGCCAAUCUAUAGAUUUAGGAUGAAAUGCCAUCUGUGUGUCAACUACAUCGAGAUGCAGACAGAUCCGGCGACCUGCGACUAUGUAAUAGUCAUCGGGGCAAGCAGGAAGGAGGAACGCUGGGACAUGGCUGACAAUGAGCAGAUCCUCACCACAGAGCACAAAGAGAAGGAGAAACUGGAGACGGAUCCCAUGUUCAAACUUGACCACGGAGGGAAAGACAAGGAGAAGCUUAUGAAGGCUCUGCCUUCUCUGUCUGAGAUACAAGACUACCAGUCCAGCUGGAAGGACGACUUCCAGCUCAACAGCUCCCUCCGCAGGAAGUUCAGGACAGAGAAGAAAGUUCUGGCUGAUCAGGAGGAGAAGGACAACACAGUGAGGCUGAGGACAAACCUGUCCAUCCCACUGCUGCCAGAGAAGGAGGAGGACAAGAAACUGGCAGCACUGCUCACAUACCAGGCACCCGACUCAUAUGAUGACAGGCAGCACAGCAAGCGGAAAGAGAUCUCCUCUCGUUCGUGGUUCACCGCCACCUCGCCGCCACCGGGAAGUCCUGCAGGCAGUCUGCUCCAUAAGCUGAGCCUGCAGGGGAAAGAAGCAGCGGUGGCCAAAGCCCUGAGCUCCUCGCACAGCUCCCUGAUCUGCAGGCGCUCAGGAGGAAUCAAAACCGAACCCUGCGCCACCAUCGCGCGCAGAAAGUCCAACCCUGAAAUCAACAUGUGCGAUGGAGAGAUUUCAAAGGUCGCUCAAGGAGAGGAAGCCCCGAGCGUAGUGCCAACGCAGGUGUGGCAGGAGGUCACAGAGACAAAUGGCAGUGACUCCAGAGAGAUGCGUGUUAAAACCACAGAGGAAGCAGAUGAAGGACUGACAAACGCAAAGGAUUUUGGGAAGGAGAAGGAACGGGGCAGGAGUUUAGGAGCGCUCACGUCCCUGGUAGCAUACUGCAGCGACUCAGAUUCAGACCCCGGACAAUGAGGCCGAAGGAUGUCUUCAGUGGAUGAGACGUCGGGUUUGUGAGAGUCAAAGACGAACUGGAGAUGCAGACACCUGCGACAGCUGCGACUCACCUGUCUGGUCACAAUGGAAAUGUUUUAGUUUUCUAAAUCAAAAUGUGUGAAAUAAGAUAAAAAUGUAAGCUGUGUGGUCUGCAGACUGUAUCUGUGUUUUGGUUAUAGUGAACUAAGGUUUAUUUAGUCCAUCGGUCUUUUUUGUCGAGCUUUUUUCAUGCCGAAUAAUUUACGAGCACGUCUGGAAAACACAAGAUAUAAAGUGGAGCUUUCUAAAUGAUUCUUUGUGCAGAAACUCAGUUUCAACUAAUCGACAAAUAUUUUCUUUCGUCGAGGACAGCCCUGAUUAUAAAUGUGUUUAUAUCAUGACAGCGUGACUUCAAAAUAUGUUUCAAAAUGUUGUAUCUGAUGCACAAUAUUUGGCUAUUUAGGUUUGUAGAUUUCCACAUACGUGUGAUCUGAUGACAAAACUGUGACGCACCUUGUAAAAUUAAAUGAAAAAAGCUAAAAACGCGUAAAACUU